CCGAAGCUGCAGUCUACUCGCUUCACCUGAGGCAGAAGACUGCAUCAAGUGAGAAGUUUCAUUAGCUGACACUCAACAAAUUCAAGUCGAGUGGCUAUCGUGGAUAUGGUGUCCCAAGACAUCCCCUUUGACGUCCUUACGAAAGUGCUGAUAGCAUGUCUCACUAUCAGCUGUAUAUUCGUAGCUCUUCGGUCGGGAGCACGCUGGCUCAAGGGCAGGCAAGUGCCCAUUGCAGCUGAAGACAUUUUCGUGUACCUUGGGUUGGCCACUAAUGUCGUCAUGUCUGGACUCUACCUGGAUCUUCUACCUCGAUUACAAAGGAUUGAACUGGUUGAGACUGGCCAACUGGCCCCUUAUACAGCUAUCGACACAGAUAUAGUCACCGUGCUUAAAGAAAUCCUAUGUAUCCAGAUUUUCUUCUGGUCAACUUUAUGGUCUGUGAAAUUGAGUCUCUUAUUCAUGUUUCAGAGGCUCACCACUGGAAUAUCGACGUACACAAAGCUUUGGUGGGGUGUCUUGGCCUUUUGCAUACUUUCUUUCCUGGGUUGUGUCAUCAGCGCAUUUGAGAGUUGUUCAAGUAUGCGUGCUUGGUUUAGUCCUCUUGGUGAAUGUGACCUCCAUCGAGACAAUGUGGCAAAGGCUGCUAGUCUCUGGUACGCUUUGGCUGUUGAUCUGCUGACUGAUCUAAUGAUCAUGGCUAUUCCGGUGGAAAUCUUGUACAGUCUACAGAUAUCCACAGCGCAGAAGUUCUCCGUUGGAAUUGUUUUCACAGUCGGAAUCAUCACCAUGAUUGUUGCUAUAGUUAGAGUCGUUUCCUUGGACUCAGCCACCAAGAACGGAAACGUGAGCACAACUUGGCUCAUCCUCUUUGCUCUAAUAGAGGGCACUGUUGCCUUGAUCGUCGGAUGUCUUCCCUCAUUUGCCAUUUUUAUUCGCGGCCGCGUCACUGCUUCUCGUACACCAUAUUUCGGUGCUUCGUCAGAUAGGCCCAGUCAACCCAACUCGCACAGCUCGUCUUCUCGCGCGAAAUAUCGGGCUAGGGUAGAAAGUUUGAUGUUGGAUGAUGUCGAACCAGCUGUUGUCAGACCUUCCAGCGACGACAGAAGUAACAAGAACUUGGUGGAUGGUGGAAUUGUUGUCACACAAGGGUGGUCUCAAAAGUGGCAUCGUGGAACUGCGGUCGAUGCAGAGCGGGAAAGGGUCAGAAGACUGGGAUUGAGAGAUGAUAUUUGAGACAUCGAAAGCUGCAAGCAUCUACAAAUACCUGUGCAGGCGUUACCACUAACGCCUGGAACUCGUCAUGCCCAAGAAUUGGUAAGCUUCCAGAAAGCAGGCCAGGGGUGUGAGC